AUGGCCACGGCAUGCAUAAUCCUCGACUCGGACGGUGAUGACGAAAUGGAUUGCGGCUCGCGGGAGGGUGGAUUGUGCCAAGCAAGUGAGGAACCAAGCAGCCAGCCCUCUACUGCUCCAGCGCGAGACGGUUCGCGCAACGGCUGUGCGGUGGCGGUUGUCGAUUUAUGCAGUGAUGGCGAAGAAAUAAAUGAUUGCGAAGACCUCCACGUGGAGGGCCCGCCGUCAAAACGCCGUCAAGAAUCGUCACUAGAAAGUGAACGUCUCGCCAAGGAAACGGUGAUGAGUUCAACUCCGGCUGAUGCACCCCGGCGAACAAGUGAAUACAGUGCAAGGAGCAGCACCCCUGAAUGUGAGGUGCGACGCGGUAGCCUAUGGGACAGCGACGAUGAGGACCUUCCACCGCUGUGGGCCCGGCUGCAGGCACGGCAGGAGCUGCAACCCGCCAGCAACAGCCCACCAAGGAUGAAGGUGAGCCCACUGCGUAUGAGGACGAGCUCACAGGACAUGAAAACUGGUUCACAUAAUGGGACGAUACGCCAACAAGAUAAGAAGACAACUCUGCCGAACGGGAUAGCAAGCCCCCUGAAACGAAAUGCUGUGCACAGAAUUUCGGACAGCGAAAACGAAGACGAGCUUCCAGAUCUGGGACACGUCAUUGGUGCUUGUGCAGGGGCGAGGGAGAAUGGCCGUCUUCUGAGCUCGAGCAGCCCGCCUGCUGCAACAGUGCCAUCAUCCGGCACUGUUACAGGUGUGGACGAAGGGACGGUGGCGGCACUGGCGUAUACGCAACUGAAGGCCAAGCGCGUACGCAUCACUCCCGAAGAGCGCGAGGCCCGCCGUGUCGCGAAGGAGCUCGAGAAGCAGCGCAAGGCCAUGGCCAUCGAAAUUGGGCGCGCCUCUAAGCCUGGGCACUGCAUGAAGUAUGUGACAGUGGUGUUGGACUCCCGGCUAAUGGACGACGAGGCCUCGCUCCAGCUGAUGUGCGAGACGCUAGAGCAGGCAGAAAUCCGAGCUGAAAUCCAGACACUACCUGUAGAGCGUGCCGUCUGUUGGAAGCGCACUGCACUGUCUCUAAAUGAGGAUGACUGCGUGCUGUCCAGGGAUCAGGUGGAAGAAAGGGACGUAAUGGUGGUGCUUCCCUGGGACCAAUUUUUGCACCUGGUCGCUUCCCAGAGGCAGGACUCGUCAGUGAGGACACAGACAUCUCUCAGCGAGCACAUGAUGAGCAUCAACGAAGUCUAUCCCAACAGGCAGCUCACCUAUGUCGUCUACGGGCUGGAGAAGUACUUCAAGCAGCAGAAGAGUCGAGCCAACGCAGAAUACCGAGCCCUGGUGUUGGGCUCGCAGCCGGCAGUUCGCAGGCGCAAGCCAGGUGUGUACGACGGAGUGCCCCUGUCCCGCAAGGACAUCCAGGAGACGCUAGUGCCACUGCAGCUAGACAGUGGCAUCACCGUGGCAACAAAGGAGAGCAUAGAGGAGCUAACCGAAUACCUAGCCAUGUUCACCCGUGCACUGGCCGAGCGGCCACACAGGGAGGCCAAGCAGAGCCGUCCACUGCAACACCUGGCGCCUGGCUCACUCUCCAAGCACGACAGCCUCAGGCGCACCUGGCAGGCACAGCUGGAGCAGUUUGCCAGCGUCAGUAGGGACGUGGCCGAGGCCAUCGUGUGCGAGUAUCCAGCACCAAAGCUCCUCCUGCAGGCAUACCAAGAGUGCAAGGAGCGUGCAAAAGGAGAAACGCUGCUGGCGGACAUCCAGGUCCGGAGAGGUGCGGGAGCGCUGCAGUCAACGCGCCGUGUUGGACCUGUCAUUUCGGGCCGCAUCUACCGCUUCUUUGUGGCGAUGGACCAGAAUGCCUACUUUGAUUGA